AUGUCCGCGACGCUCCCGCAGGACGUCCUUGAGCUUGUCUUCAACUACGUCGAGACAUACGAUGCGCUGGAAACGGACGAGGACGAGGACGAGACGUCGUGGUUCCAGGCUGUGCGCCAGAACUUCUGCCGCUUAUGUCUCGUCUCGCGCGCCUUCUGUCAUGUCGGCCGCCGAUUCCUGUACCGCUGUCCCCUCCUCGGCGCGACUCUCACACCGCAAGCCUUGAGCCAGCUGAUCGAGUCGCUUCGUGCGAAUCAGCGAUACCUCGGCAAACUCGUGAUGGAUCUCUCGCAGGCUAUCGAAGGCUACGACGUCCUCUGUCAGGCGGAGACAACCCUCGGUCCGACUUCUUUCCAGUUUCGCGGCUUCUCGAAGGCGUUCUCUUGGCAGUUGGCCAUCUUCACGACCUGCACCAAUUGUCGGAGGAUAUCUGCGGGGUAUGGUACGGAGUCAGAGCUGAAGAAGCUCCUCCGCAUCGUUCUGUCUUCAUUGCCGGACCUUCGCCACAUCGAGCUCGUCUCCCGCGAAUCGUACGCCAUCGCGACACCCGACACUCUCAGGAGCUUGCAAGGAUUGGCUCAGCUCGCAAGUAUCGAGAUCGACGGCAUCGGGCAGAACAAGCGGUUGAAGAAGGAAGAACCGCAGCUGGGCCUGCGCGUGUCAGAGCUAUCCCUCACCGCAUCCGAUGCGCCACUGUCUUCGUCCUUCGCAUUCCUUCCUGAAGACGGGUCCAGACUCACGGAGUUGUCUCUGUGGUUCUCGACCGCCUCUGAAGCCGACCUCGUUCAACUCGUCAUCCACACGCCCAACCUCGUCAGUCUGUCCAUCGGCUCUACAGCUCUUCACCCGGGGAACUCGACCAUCUGGGGAUACGGCACACAUGUGCAAGGCGCAUGCAUACCGACACGCUUCUUCGCGCUCCUGCCCAACAUCGUCUUCCUCGUCUUGAACGGUUUUGCGGCUCUCUCCCCGCAGCGCCUCCGCGUUUUCUCAAAGCAUUCGCCCGAAAUUCGACUUCUCUCAGUCUGCCACUCCGUCUGGAUCCGCGACGACGGCGCCUCGGCCAUCUUCCCAACAGACGACCUGAUCGAGAUCUUCCCGACCUUCCAGCACCUCGAGUCUGCGCAUCUGGGGACCAUCCCGCUGCAGAAGAGCAAAGCCAUGAAGCCGCUCAAGAAGGUCUUCAAGAAGAUGGGCGCCAACCUCGCGUUCGACUGGGCCGAAGACGUCUGCCCGAGCUGCGGCGAGCGACACUGA